AUGGCGUCCGAGAGAGAACAUAAGAAGGAUAUCACGGAUCUGGAGGACGGAACACUGAUGCUGUGGCCUCGACCGGGUGCACUGGACGUCAAGGGUCAUGUGGUGAAGGUUCAGACGAUGAACGUCAACAGCGGUCCUUUUGUCUACUUGGGCUGCAUGGCGGGGUUUUCAACUCGACUCCGACCUCUGGGGGCGACUUUCUGCGAAACUAUCGCCGUCUCUGCUUGGCACCUGGAUGUUAGGCGUGAGGAAGUAGACCGUACCCGAGCUACUCCGUCGGUUGAGGCCCUCAACUUGAGGGCACUGUGGGCCCUGCAAAGCUAA